AUGAAAUACGCACAUUGUCGGAGUUUCUUCGUGGAUAACGCGUCCACUCGGAUAAUAUCUCUGAGUAUCGUGAAGAAGUACAUCAACAAGUAUGUUCGACUUGAGGUGGAUGGCAUCGAACUGCUCUGCUACAACGAAUCCAUCAAGAUCCACCGCGCCUACGCGUACACCGCUUUCAUAACCGAGGACCAGGCGCCGGAGCACAGCAGCCUGAUCGACUGCAAGAGUCUGUUCAGCGGCAGGAACAUCACUACUGACUUCGAAGAUAUGUGGUGCACGAACUUCGCGACUGGGAACAAGUUCUGUCAUAUUGUCAUGGAACUUAUGGAGUCUACUGAGAUUACUAGUAUCCGCAUCUGGAACUACAACGCGAACAUGGAGCUCUCGUACAUCGGCGCGAAGCACGCGCGCAUCUCUCUGGACGGGACCGCGCUGCACUACCGGCCGCUGUUACUGCGCCGGGCGCCGGGGGACACCUGCUAUGACUACGUGCAGCAGAUAGAUCUGCUUACUAUUGAUGAUAGGUUGGACGACGCGAAGGAGUCUGACAGUUUUCGCAUGGACUGCCUGGUGUACGGAACCAACCUGGACAUGGGCGCGCCCACCGGCUUCGUGCUCCAGCUCAACAUAUUCUCCACAUGGGGGGACCCCUACUACGUGGGUCUGACUGGCAUCGAGCUGUACGAUCCACACGGGAACAAGAUACUCUUGACAGAGACAAGUAUGUAGGAAUAGGAAAAGUUAUUACUUCCACUUAGUAUGGGUUUUUGUUGCUGAGGCCAUCGGUAGGCAUCUUCUGAGAAU